AUUUACACACCACAGUUCUCAGGAAAGACGUUUCUAAUUUCUUGGUUCCUCUUUUCGUUUCCUUCCUAUUUUGUUCCCCUGCCACUUGAGUUACCACUUUUGUUAUAUUUGUAUAAUUUUAGCCUGGUCAAAGGCUGCAGUUCUCACUGCACUGGUCUUGGGAAUUUGACCUCUGUUUGUGGACUGAGUGGCUCCACACUGUGGUUUAAUUCUCAUGACAUUUCUUUCAGGAUACCUGCCUGCUUAUUGUGAGUCACGUCCUCUUGCUGAAUGACUGCACAAUUUACCAACGUGUUUAUUCCUUAUUUAUAACAUGUUGUAAGGCAGCUAGGCAGCAUAUUUUCUGAGAAAGCAGAAAGUCUCUUCUCAACAUGGCUUCAGAGAAGACUUAUGCUAAAGCAAGAUUCAAAAAUGAAUCAAAGUCUCCAGGCACUAAUUCAGACUCUCCAGAAGAUCCCAAAGAGAAGGCCACCUCUCACAGAAGUAAUCCUGCUAUCCCUAAACUGCUUCUGGCCUCGUUGCUGAUACUCUUUUUGCUGAAGACAAUCUUAUCAGCUGUCCCUUCCAUCAUUUUAUUUCAAAAAUAUUCUCAGCAUCUUGAAGAAAACAUGACUUUAAAAGGACUGGUCCAUACAGAAGUGGAGUGUGUAAAAAGCGAUUCGACCAUACAGGAAAAGGUUUGGAGCUGUUGUCCAAAGGAUUGGAAGUCAUUUAGUUCCCACUGCUACUUUAUUUCUACUGACUCCCAGUCGUGGAACGAGAGCAGGGAGAACUGCUCUAGGAUGGAGGCUCAUCUUCUGGUGAUCAACACCAAGGAGGAGCAGGAUUUCAUCAUCGAGAAUCUGCAAAUUGAUUCUACUUAUUAUAUAGGUCUGUCAGAUCCAGAGGGUCGGCGACUUUGGCAAUGGGUUGAUCAGACACCAUAUGACGAAACUGUGAAAUUCUGGCAAGAAGGUGAGCCCAAUAAUGAGAAGGAGCAGUGUGUUGAGUUAAAUUACUUUCGUUAUGGAAAAUGGGGCUGGAAUGAUGUACCGUGCCAUCACAGCAAAAGGACAAUUUGUGAGAUGAUGAAGAUCUACUUAGAAAUUGCACAUUCUGUGUAGUCAUGAGGUCUGAAUUGAAUCCAUCAUUAUAAAGACAGCUAAUAAGUUC